AUGAUUCCAGAAAAAGCAUCCUUAACCGUCGAUAGGAACAUAGACACACUGAAAACCUCUGGAAGAUUGACAACAUACUGUGGAUGCUACUUAUAUAUAAUCAUUGUAUUCAACUUGAUCACAAGUCACAUACAAACGGUAAAUUCAUUCCAGGGGACAAAGAACGCCCUACAGAAUUUCGAAGAGGUGGAACUUCAAGAAUACCUACCAAAUCGUCAUGAUGGUUGUACAAUGUUUCAGAGGGCUCAUGAUCUAGGUAACACUGAUUUUGAGCAAAAAUCCCAUGAUCAUCAUGCUUGUAAUGGGCUUUCUUGUGUGAUUGACGUAGACUCUGAGCAUUCGGAUGGAUCACGUUCUGGGGAUGCAUUUGCAGCAUAUACAAGAUACGGGGAAGAAACAGAACCCAAAUCUUUAAGAUAUGAUGAAGCAUCUCAACCUAGCUCGAUGUUCAUUCAGAAUAUAUCAAAAGGAAGAACAGAAGAUCAAGAGAGCCAGAGAGACUUUGCCUCUGUUGGUAACCAGUCUAUCACUCACCUUUCUUGUCCCACAAGUCUGACACGACCAUGUGAAAUAUCAGACCAAGAAAACAAUGGAAAGCCUCUAGAUGCCUGGAAAACGGCGUACUGGAUAAGUUUUGUAAGGGCUCUAGAAACAUAUAUAAACGGCAACGGAAAAGAAAGGGAACAUGCAACCAUGUCAAUUCUUCGUUACACGAUGAGAAUGUCUUUUGAUAGUUCUCAGAUUGAUGCAUUAUGCCAUAUUUACGAUCAGCUCUUGAAAGGAGGGGAGCUGACUUUGUUUGAUAAGGCGCAUUUAUCAUUUUCACUUCAUUCAUAUGGGAGGUUCUUUUCACAAGGCAUUCGAGACGAGGAUCUCAAAAAGAUUUAUCAACUAGCUCAGCUCCUUGAACAGCACUGUCGCUCAGAUCCUGAAAGCCUUGUAGCUAUCUGGAAUGGGAGUUGCUCUGAAGAAGAUCAGGUUGUCCGAGCAAACUUCGAUGAUGUAGUGAAGGGUUCUUCGCUGAGAUCUUCCUGGAUACACGGACUCAUCACAUCAGAUGGAAUACAUACAACUGCAAGCGCUCUCCGUGAAGCGGACCCCACAUACAUCGAGAAAAAGCUUACACAAAUUCGGGUCAUUCUGGAAGAGUACACUGAUUGGCAUAUGGUGGCUCCACCGACAACAUGGGACAUGUUGUACCUUAUGAAAAUCCUAUAUAUCUUUCAAAACCAUGUAGAAGAAAAGAUGAAACAUUAUAAAGAACAAAUGGCAGAAGGAUUGAGUGAUCAAGUCCGAAACAGAUGGGAUCCAAUUUUCAGCCUAUUGAUGGAGUGCAAGAACUUGAUUUCAAAAGCAGAGCUUCCAAUGCCGCCAAAAAACCUUGAGAUGAAGAAAGCCUACAGUGAAAUUCUCAAUUCUCAAGUUCAAGAAGAAGGAUUGAACCAGUAUGGUUGGGGCGAAGGAUCUCAGAAUGUGUUCCUCAGAAUGGCUGGACACCAACAACUGAUUCCAGAAAAAGGUACAACUCAAGGAUUGUCAAUCCUCAUGCAAUUCAUGUCGAGCAUUACAAAGCCAAAAGCAUUGAUUCAUGUAAUCCAGGAGUUAGGGAAUGAUCCCUCUGUGAUAACAGAUAUCACAAAACAUGGUGACCAUCUUAAUCACAAUAAGAUCCUCCGACUAAUCCAAUGGCUUUCCAUGAAAUACUAUGCGGAUGAUAAAGUAGACUUUUUGAUCAAGAAGCAGAUCAUAAAGAAGGCAAUGGAGAUUCACAGAGAAAUUGGAAACUCAGAGUCUAGAGAUCUGGUAUUUGCAUUGAUAGGAAGACUCUUAUCUUUACACCCAACAGAUAAAGAACUCCUGAAGCUUGCCAAAUUUGAUCAUGUUUGGAAUAGCUUACAAAUUCAAAAUUUGAGCACGGAUUUUGCUCCUCCAAAAGUCAAAAUGUCUCCAAUGGAAGUUGCAAGGCGAAUAUAUAAGUUUUGUUAUGAAUAUUAA